GAGGGGAGGUGGGAGUGGCAGCGGCGCCGCCCAAUGGGGGUUGAACGAUGGCGGCGGCGCUGCGGGCGGCGCUGUGCGUGGCGGGCGCGGCGCUGUCGCUGUACGCUCUGCAUGUGGAACACCAAGCGGCGAGGGACCCGUCGUACCGAGCCGCCUGCGACCUGGGGCCCUCCGUGUCCUGCACCCGGGUGUUCUCCUCCCGGUGGGGGCGUGGCCUGGGGCUGGUGGAGCCGGUGCUGGGCGGGGACAGCGCCCUGAACGUCCCCAACGGCGCCAUCGGGCUGCUCUUCUACCUGCUGCAGGGGCUGCUGGGCACCUGCCGGGGCCGGGCGGCCGCGGUGACGCUGCUGGGGACGUCGGUGGCCUCGGCGCUGGCCUCGCUGUGGCUCGGGGGCGUCCUGCUCUUCGGCCUCAGGGACCUGUGCGUGGUCUGCCUCAGCACCUACGGGGUUAACCUGGCGCUGCUGGGGCUCAACCUGCGCCGCUGGAAACGAGGGAAAGUGCACAAAAAUGAGUGAAAAUCUGCCAAAAUGGAGUGAAAAUGACCCAAAAUGGAGGGAAAUCUGCCCAAAAUGGAGGGAAACCGGCUUGAAACCACCCAAAAUGGAGAGAAAAUGACCCAAAAUGGAGUGAAACCGACCCAAAAUGGAGGGAAACCCACCCAAAAUGGAGAGAAAAUGACCCAAAAUGGAGUGAAACCGACCCAAAAUGGAGGGAAACCCACCCAAAAUGGAGAGAAAAUGACCCAAAAUGGAGGGAAACAGACCCAAAAUGGAGUGAAACCAACCCAAAAUGGAGUGAAACCGACCUGAAUCCACCCAAAACUGGGAAAAAUCCACCCAAAACAGAGUGAAACGAACCCAAAAUGGAGGGAAAUCCGCCCAAAAUGGAGGGAAACCGACCUCAAACCACCCAAAACUGAGAAAAAUGCACCCAAAACUGAGUGAAACUGACCCAAAACAGAGAAAAUGCCCCAAAACAUUGGGGACCUGUGCGUGGUCUGCCUCAGCACCUACGGGGUUAACCUGGCGCUGCUGGGGCUCAACCUGCGCCGCUGGAAACCAGGGAAAACGCACAAAAAUGAGUGAAAAUGACCCAAAAUGGAGUGAAACGGACCCAAAAUGGAGGGAAAUCCACCCAAAAUGGAGAGAAAAUGACCCAAAAUGGAGGGAAACCGACCCAAAAUGGAGUGAAAUCCACCCAAAAUGGAGGGAAACCGGCUUGAGACCACCCAAAACUGAGAAAAAAUGACCCAAAAUGGAGUGAAACUGACCCAAAAUGGAGUGAAAACACACAAAAAUGAGAGAGAAUAACCCAAAAUGAAGGGAAACAGACCCAAAAUGGAGAGAAAUCCACCCAAAACUGAGAAAAAUCCACCCAAAAUGGAGUGAAAUGGACCCAAAAUGGAGUGAAAACACACAAAAAUGAGAGAGAAUGACCCAAAAUGGAGGGAAAUCCACCCAAAAUAGAGGGAACCCGACGCGAAACCACCCAAAAUGGAGAGAAAACGACCCAAAAUGGAGUGAAAAUGACCCAAAAUGGAGUGAAAAUGACCCCAAAUGGAGUGAAAAUGACCCAAAAUGGAGUGAAACCAACCCAAAAUGGAGUGAAACCAACCCAAAAUGGAGGGAAACUGACCCAAUAUGGAGGGAAACCGUCCUGAAACCACCCAAAACUGAGAAAAAAGACCCAAAAUGGAGUGAAACUGACCCAAAAUGGAGUGAAACCAACCCAAAAUGGAGGGAAACUGACCUGAAACCACCCAAAACGGAGUGAAAACGACCCAAAAUGGAGUGAAAAUGACCCAAAACGGAGGGAAACCGACCUGAAACCACCCAAAAUGGAGAGAAAACGACCCAAAAUGGAGGGAAACCGACACAAAAUGGAGGGAAACCGACCCAAAAUGGAGUGAAAAUGACCCAAAAUGGAGUGAAAAUGACCCAAAAUGGAGUGAAACCGACCUGAAACCACCCAAAAACUGAGAAAAAUGCACCCAAAACUGAGUGAAACUGACUCAAAAUGGAGUGAAAAUCCACAAAAAAUGAGAGAAAAUGACCCAAAAUGGAGUGAAAAUCACCCAAAAUGGAGUGGAACUGACCCAAAAUGGAGUGAAAUCAACCUGAAACAACCCAAAACUGAGAGAAAAUGACCCAAAACUGAAACUGACCCAAAACCAACUGAAAAUGACCUAAAGUUGAGUGAAAAUGACCAAAAACUGACUGAAACUGACCAGAAAUCACCCAAAACUGAGAGAAAUUGACCCAAAAUUGAGUGAAACUCUUCCAAAACUGAGUGAAAUCCACCCAAAAUGGAGUGAAAUCCACCUGAAACCACCCAAAACUGAGGGAAAUCCACACAAAACUGAGUGAAAAUGACCCAAAAUUGAGUGAAACCAACUCAAAACCAAGCGAAAAUUACUCAAAAUUGAUCAAAACGACCCAAAACCGAUGGAAAAAGACCCAAAAUUGAGUGAAGCUGACCUGAAACCACCCAAAACCGAGUAAAACUGACCCAAAACUGACUGAAAUUCACCCAAAAUUGGGGUCCAGGGAGGCAAAGUUACAGGAAAUGGAGAAAAUGUUACAUUAAAGUGUCUUAAAUAGAGAAAAAAUGGCAUUAAAGUGGCCAAAAGUGACCAAAAAUGGCAUUAAAGUAACCCAAAAUGGCAUUGAAGUGAUGAAAGGUGGCAUUAAAGUGACCAAAAACGGCAUUAAAGUGAUCAAAAAUGGCAUUAAAGUGACCAAAAGUGAUACUAAAGUGCCUUAAAAGGGUCAAAAAUGGCAUUAAAAUGCAUAAAAAUGACAUUAAAGUGAGUAAAUGCUACAGAAAAGCGUCUUAAAUGAGUCAAAAAUAGCAUUAAAGUGAUCGAAACGUACAGUAAAUUGAUCAAAACUGACACUGAAAUGUUUCGAGUCAAAAAUUGCAUUAAAGUGAUAAAAAGAUA